GCUACCGUAAAAAUCUAAGCAGAAGAAGAAACCCGGAAGUUACAAGCUGCACCGCCCAAAAUGAGUGCUCAGCUGAAAGAUGUUAUCAUUAAACCUGACGCUCCCAGCUCGCUGCAGCUGGACAAACAUGCAGAUUACAUCGCUGCCUACGGCUCCAAGAAGGACGACUAUGAGUACACGCUGUCGGAGUACCUGAGGAUGAGCGGGAUCUACUGGGGUUUGACAGUGAUGGACCUGAUGGGUCAGCUGCACAGAAUGAGSCGGCAGGAGAUCAUAGAUUUCAUCAAAGCCUGCCAGCACGAGUGCGGAGGCGUCAGCGCCAGCAUCGGGCACGACCCGCACCUGCUCUACACCCUCAGUGCCGUUCAGAUCUUGUGCUUGUACGGCAGCGUGGACGCGCUCGACGUGGACAAAGUGGUGGAAUAUGUUAAAGGGCUUCAGCAGGAGGACGGUUCUUUCGCAGGAGACAAGUGGGGAGAAAUAGACACAAGGUUUUCUUUCUGUGCUGUUGCUACGUUAGCAUUAUUGGGGAAGAUGGACUCGAUAAACGUGGACAAAGCCGUGGAGUUCGUCUUGUCAUGUAUGAACUUUGAUGGAGGUUUUGGCUGCAGACCAGGUUCAGAGUCUCACGCUGGUCAGAUCUACUGCUGCACCGGCUUCCUGUCRCUCACCGGCCAGCUGCACCAGCUGAACGCCGACCUGCUGGGCUGGUGGCUCUGUGAGAGGCAGCUGCCCUCCGGAGGCCUCAACGGACGACCCGAGAAGCUCCCAGAUGUUUGCUACUCGUGGUGGGUCCUGGCGUCCCUGAAGAUCAUCGGCAGGAUCCACUGGAUCGACAAAGCCAAGCUGAGGAGGUUCAUUCUGGCCUGUCAGGACGAGGAGACGGGCGGCUUUGCUGACAGACCAGGAGACAUGGUGGAUCCGUUCCACACUCUGUUUGGAAUCGCAGGUCUGUCCCUGCUGGGCGACGAACAGAUUAAAGCGGUGAAUCCGGUCCUCUGCAUGCCCGAGGACGUCCUGCAGAGGAUCGGCCUGCAGCCCGACCUCCUCAGCUAGCCUCUCUGAUGCGCCCCAGAUGUCACAAACUCACAAACGCCGCUGCUCCGCCGCCUCUCAGCCGGGGCGAAGGAACGAGGACCACAACACAUCUGAGAUUCUGGAGGAGAAACGCAGAGAGAACUUCYGUCUUAAUCUUCAGCACAUCCACUCUGUUUUCUGGUUUCCAUCGCAGCUGCAGCUCAACUUCAAAGACAUCUCUUAUUGUKUGUGUUUAUUUGUUUGUUGUCAAAACAUCUCAUGAACCACUGGAUGGAUUAAUAUAGCUGAUUAAUAUUUGGAGUCGGCUCGAUCCAAGAUGGCCGCCUUGUGUUUGAGUCUGAUUUACAACCAAACCGUAGCUCAGUAUCUGCAGAACUGAGUUGUGUUUUGCUGUCGGUUGUGGCGGCCAUCUUUUCUGACAGUUUUGCUCAUGAGGUAUUGUGGCAAAAAAAUUAGACGUUUUGGCACCUGACCCUCCUGACAGACUGUCGGCGCAGCUGCUGUUCAACAUAAAGCAGCUCGCUGUUAUGAAACAUAAGAGUGUGAAGGACACCGGAGCAGUCGCACCAUCAUAACGAGCCUCAGCUUGGGGUAAAACCACAACAAAGACCAGGUUUGUGUCUCUACAUCCGGAUCAUUCAGCGAUGGACUCAGAACAGUAAACAAUAAUAAACAGUAUUUAUGAUCUGCUGCCGCUCUGAAACAUGGAGAAGUACUUCCAUGUAUUUAGUGUAAACACGUGUGGGAAACAACUCAUAACUCUACAUUGUUUAUAUAAUUAACAUUCUUGCUGACAAAUAGAUUGUUUUUAAUUUAUUUGAUGUUACAUAAAGAGUAAAUGGAUAAAGUUCUA